AUGAAGAGCCCAGUAAUAGCUGGUUUUCGAGGGACAGUCCCACAUGGCCUAUCACUGGAGAUUGGAGACACUGUUCAAAUAUUGGAGAAAUGUGAUGGAUGGUACAGAGGAUUUGCCUUAAAAAACCCCAAUGUUAAGGGCAUAUUUCCAUCCAACUACAUUCACUUGAAAAAUGCGUGUGUUAAGAACAAAGGACAAUUUGAAAUGGUUAUUCCAACAGAAGAUUCUGUUAUUACAGAAAUGACAUCAACUUUAAGAGACUGGGGAACGAUGUGGAAACAACUCUAUGUGAGGAAUGAGGGGGAUCUCUUUCACCGACUGUGGCACAUCAUGAAUGAGAUUCUGGACCUGCGCAGGCAGGUGCUUGUUGGCCAUCUGACUCACGAUCGCAUGAAGGAUGUCAAGAGACACAUCACUGCUCGGCUGGACUGGGGCAAUGAACAACUGGGACUUGACUUAGUACCAAGAAAAGAAUAUGCUAUGGUGGAUCCUGAAGAGAUCAGCAUUACAGAGCUCUACAGGCUGAUGGAGCAUCGUCAUCGGAAAAAAGACACACCAGUACCAGCAAGCAGCCACCAUCUUUUUGUUCAGAUGAAGAGUCUGAUGUGCUCCAAUCUGGGAGAGGAACUGGAAGUAAUCUUCUCACUCUUUGAUAGUAAAGAAAAUCGGCCCAUCAGUGAAAGAUUUUUUUUGAGACUGAAUAGAAAUGGUUUGCCAAAAUGUCCAGAAAAGCCUGAAAGACACUGUUCUCUCUUUGUGGAUUUGGGGAGCAGUGAACUAAGGAAGGACAUCUAUAUCACUGUGCACAUUAUCCGGAUAGGACGAAUGGGAGCUGGAGAAAAGAAAAAUGCCUGCAACGUACAAUACAGACGGCCCUUUGGCUGUGCAGUCCUCAGUAUUGCAGAUUUGCUGGCAGGAGAUUCAAAGGAUGACCUAGUCUUAAAAGUAUACAUGUGCAACACAGAGAGUGACUGGUACCAGAUCCAUGAAAAUAUCAUUAAAAAGCUGAAUGCACGUUACAACUUGACAGGCUCCAAUGCAGGUCUGGCAGUUUCUCUUCAAUUGCUUCAUGGAGACAUAGAACAAAUUAGGAGGGAGUAUACGUCCAUGUUUACCCAUGGAGUGUCCAUAACAAGGAAACUAGGUUUUUCGAAUAUUAUUAUGCCUGGUGAAAUGAGGAAUGAUUUAUAUAUCACUGUAGAAAGAGGAGAAUUUGAGAAAGGAGGGAAAAGUGUGGCCAGAAAUGUGGAAGUGACAAUGCAUGUUGUGGACAGCAGUGGUCAAAUUUUAAAGGAUUUUAUCUCAUUUGGUUCUGGGGAGCCACCGGCCAGCGAGUACCAUUCCUUUGUGCUUUAUCAUAACAAUGGUCCCAGAUGGGCUGAACUGCUGAAACUUCCUAUCCCUGUGGAUAAAUUCAGAGGAGCACACAUCCGCUGUGAAUUCCGGCACUGUUCCACAAAAGAAAAGGGUGAGAAGAAGCUGUUUGGCUUUUCAUUCGUGCCCCUGAUGCAGGAAAAUGGGAGAACUCUGCCAGAUGGCACCCAUGAACUCAUUGUACACAAGUGUGAAGAAAACACAAACCUUCAGGAUUCUGGUCGCUACCUCAAACUCCCCUUUUCAAAGGGAAUUUUCCUGGGAAACAACAGCCAAGCAGUAAAAACCACUAAAGAGUCCUUCUGGAUUACGUCCUUUCUUUGCUCCACUAAACUCACACAAAAUGGAGAUAUGCUUGACCUUCUGAAAUGGAGAACCCACCCAGACAAAAUUGCAGGUUGCCUCUCAAAAUUAAAAGAAAUUGAUGGUUCAGAAAUCGUGAAGUUUCUUCAAGAUACACUAGACACUUUAUUUGGGAUUUUAGAUGAAAAUUCUCAAAGAUAUGGAUCAAAAGUAUUUGAUUGUUUGGUUCACAUAAUAAAUUUGCUGCAGGACAGCAAGUUUCACCACUUCAAGCCAGUAAUGGACACUUACAUUGAAAGUCAUUUUGCAGGAGCACUUGCAUACAGAGAUCUUAUAAAAGUAUUGAAGUGGCAUAUUGAUCGAGUCACUGAAGUGGAGCUGCACGAGCACAUACAGGAAGUACUAAAGGCACAGGAAUACAUCUUUAAAUACAUAGUUCAGUCUCGAAGGUUAUUCUCUAUUGCCACUGGUGGACAAAAUGAGGAGGAAUUUCGCUGCUGUAUUCAAGAGCUUCUUAUGUCAGUGCGCUUCUUCCUUUCCCAAGAGAGCAAAGGAACUAGUGCAUUAUCCCAACUACAAGCUGUGUUUCUCAGCUCAUUCCCAUCAGUGUACUCUGAACUUUUGAAGCUCUUUGAUGUAAGAGAAGUGGCAAAUUUGGUUCACGAUGCUCUGGGCAGCUUGCCAACAGUCAUGCAUGGGGAUGACUCCCUUCAAGCUGUUAAACUGCAGAGUAUUGGGAAAACUGUAGAGAGUCACCUGUACACCAACCCAGAUUCUCGAUACAUUCUUCUUCCAGUAGUUUUACAUCAUCUCCACAUGCACUUACAAGAACAGAAGGACCUUAUAAUGUGUGCACGUAUCCUUAGCAACAUAUUUUGCCUCAUCAAGAAGAACAGCUCAGAAAAAUCUGUCCUGGAGGAAAUAGAUGUGAUUGUAAACAGCCUGCUAGAUAUUCUGUUAAGGACCAUACUGGAGAUCACCAGCCGACCACAGCCGUCAGGCUCUGCUAUGCGCCUCCAACAUUGCAAGAAAAUAUCAGCUGAAGUAACUGGGGAAUUUGUCUCCUGCUUGUUGUCACUCUUGCGUCAAAUGACUGAUAGACAUUAUCAGCAGCUUCUUGAUAGUUUCAGCACAAAGGAAGAUCUGAGGGAUUUCCUGCUGCAGAUUUUCACUGUAUUUCGGAUACUAAUACGACCAGAGAUGUUUCCAAAAGACUGGACAGUGAUGCGUUUGGUUGCAAACAAUGUGAUCAUUACUACAGUCUUGUACCUUUCGGAUGCCCUUCGUAAAAACUUCUUAAAUGAAAACUUUGAUUACAAGAUAUGGGAUUCCUACUUUUUUCUUGCUGUCAUUUUUAUAAACCAGUUAUGUCUACAACUGGAGAUGUUCACACCUUCCAAGAAGAAAAAAGUUUUGGAGAAGUAUGGUGACAUGCGGGUAACAAUGGGAUGUGAAAUCUUCAGCAUGUGGCAAAAUUUAGGAGAACACAAGCUUCACUUUAUUCCAGCAUUGAUUGGCCCCUUCCUGGAAGUGACCUUGAUCCCUCAGCCAGACUUGAGGAAUGUAAUGAUUCCCAUUUUCCAUGACAUGAUGGACUGGGAGCAAAGGCGAAGUGGCAACUUUAAACAGGUGGAAGCAAAACUGAUUGACAAACUGGACAGCCUCAUGUCGGAAGGUAAAGGUGACGAAACAUACCGAGAGCUCUUCAAUAGUAUAAUUCCACUUUUUGGUCCUUAUCCUAGUCUACUGAAGAAAAUUGAGCGGGAAACAUGGAGGGAAAGUGGGGUUUCAUUAAUUGCCACUGUCACUCGCCUCAUGGAGAGGUUACUGGACUACAGGGACUGCAUGAAAAUGGGAGAAGUGGAUGGCAAAAAGAUUGGCUGCACUGUCAGCCUUUUGAAUUUUUACAAGACUGAACUGAACAAGGAAGAGAUGUAUAUUCGCUAUAUUCAUAAGCUGUAUGACCUACAUCUGAAAGCACAGAACUUCACAGAGGCUGCCUACACACUCCUGCUGUACGACGAGCUGCUGGAGUGGUCUGAUCGGCCGCUCAGAGAAUUUCUCAACUACCCCAUGCAGACAGAGUGGCAACGUAAAGAGUGUCUCCAUCUGACCAUCAUUCAAAACUUUGAUAGGGGAAAGUGUUGGGAAAAUGGCAUUAUCUUAUGCAGGAAAAUUGCAGAACAGUAUGAGAGCUACUAUGACUACAGAAACCUCAGCAAGAUGAGGAUGAUGGAAGCAUCCUUGUAUGAUAAAAUUAUGGAUCAACAACGUUUAGAGCCAGAAUUUUUCAGAGUUGGAUUCUAUGGGAAAAAGUUCCCAUUCUUCUUGAGGAAUAAGGAAUUUGUUUGCCGAGGACAUGACUACGAAAGGCUGGAGGCCUUCCAGCAGAGAAUGUUGAAUGAGUUCCCACAUGCCAUUGCUAUGCAACAUGCUAACCAACCAGAUGAGACCAUCUUCCAGGCAGAAGCACAGUAUUUGCAGAUUUAUGCAGUGACACCAAUUCCAGAAAACCAGGAAGUCCUGCAAAGAGAUGGCAUUCCUGAUAACAUCAAGAGCUUUUACAAAGUAAAUCACAUCUGGCGAUUCCGCUACGACAGGCCUUUUCACAAAGGCACCAAGGACAAGGAAAAUGAGUUCAAGAGUUUAUGGGUGGAGAGAACUACGUUGAUCUUGGUGCAGAGUUUACCUGGAAUAUCUCGUUGGUUUGAAGUGGAAAAACGUGAAGUAGUGGAAAUGAGUCCCCUUGAGAAUGCUAUUGAAGUCCUAGAAAAUAAGAACCAGCAGCUGAGAACACUGAUCAGUCAGUGUCAAACUAGACAGAUGCAGAAUAUUAACCCUCUCACAAUGUGUCUAAAUGGAGUCAUUGAUGCAGCAGUUAAUGGUGGAGUUGCAAGAUACCAAGAGGCAUUCUUUAUCAAAGAAUACAUCUUGAACCAUCCAGAGGAUGGAGAGAAGAUCACACGCUUGAGAGAGCUGAUGCUUGAGCAGGCCCAGAUUCUAGAAUUUGGCUUGGCAGUGCAUGAGAAGGUGGUGCCACAGGACAUGAGGCCAUUGCACAAAAAGCUGGUGGAUCAGUUCUUUGUGAUGAAGUCAAGCUUGGGAAUACAGGAAUUUUCUGCCUGUGUACAAGCUAGCCCUGUUCAUUUCCCAAAUGGAAGUCCUCGUGUAUGCCGAAAUUCCAUACCUGUUUCUAUGAGCCCUGAUGGUGCCAGGGUAAUACCACGCCGCAGUCCCUUGAGUUAUCCAGCUGUCAAUCGGUAUUCAUCCUCAUCACUGUCAUCCCAAGCUUCUGCUGAAGUCAGCAAUAUCACUGGGCAAUCAGAAAGCUCUGAUGAAGUUUUUAACAUGCAGCCUAGUCCAUCUACCUCAAGCUUGAGUUCUACUCAUUCUGCUUCACCUAAUGUGACCAGUUCUGCUCCAUCCAGUGCCAGAGCCUCUCCUCUGUUGUCUGACAAACAUAAGCAUUCCCGAGAAAACUCCUGUCUGUCCCCCAGAGAGAGACCCUGCAGUGCCAUCUACCCUACUCCUUUGGAAACCUCACAGACUACAAACUCUUGCUUUGCCAAGUGGAAUGUGACUUCUAUCCCCCACUCCACUCGAGACCCGAUAAGGGAGGCUGAGGAGACCGUAGGCCCAGUCCCCACUCUCUCUGAGAUUCGCCCAGCAGGAAAAUGUCCCAAUCUGUCUCUACCCUCAGUGUCCCAAGAGAGGAGAAUGCUGUUUAAUCACAUUGGAGAUGGUGCUUUGCCACGAAGUGAUUCCAAUCUGCCUGGCCCUGACAAAGCUGUAAACGCCACCCCCAGCAGCUGGAGCCUGGAUAGUGGGAAAGAAGCCAGAAACACAUCAGAAAGUGGAAAACUUAUAUCUCCUCCUGUUCCACCAAGACCUGCCCAGACUGCAUCACCGGCAAGACACAUAGCCUCUGUUUCUCCAUCUCCUGCUGGCAGAUCACCAAUGAAGGGGUCUGUGCAAUCCUUCACCCCAUCUCCGGUGGAGUACCAUUCCUCGGGGCUCAUCUCCAAUUCCCCGGUGCUGUCGGGGAGUUACAGCAGCGGCAUCUCCUCGCUCAGCCGCUGCAGCACAUCCGACACCUCGGGCUUCGAAAGCCAAAGCAGCGAACCGGCAGUGACUGCCCCGAGCUACGGCGUUUCUGAGGAGCCUGUGAGAAAGGAAAGUAAAACCCCUCCGCCUUACAGCGUGUACGAGCGGACUCUGAAGCGCCCCGUUCCUCUACCUCACAGCCUCUCCAUCCCGCCCGCCGCCGAACCCCCGGCGCUGCCGCCCAAGCCACAACUGGGCCGGCCGAACCACCUGGAGAACAGCAGCAGCAACAGCAGCAGGAGGACUGAGCAGGUUCCGCGGCCCAGGCCUCUGCCCCGCAAAGUCUCUCAGCUAUGAGAAGUCACUUUUAUAUUUAAUUGCAACCUGUUCUUUACCGUUUAAGAAAUAAUAAUAAUAUUUUUUAAAAAUGGUAAAACGCGUUUAGUUAGGCACUUUAAUAUUUCACCCACCUUUUCUUUUUGAGUAAUUUUGAAAGGCUUACUAAUAUUAUGUUGCACAAUUGAAAUGAAA